CCCGUGCCGCGUCCGGCUCAGAUCGCGUUUGGCUCUCAGCUCCCUGCCAUGGAUCCCAACGCGCACAAACAGUCCGAGCAGAACGACCUGUACUCCGGCUUCCGCACGGCUUUCAAGUCCUUCGCCACAGAGGCCAUUCACGUCGGCCAGGAGCCGGAGCAAUGGAAAUCAAUGGCUGUGGUGCCACCGAUUUCUCUUUCCACCACGUUCAAGCAGAACGCGCCGGGAAACCACGCCGGUUUUGAGUACAGCCGCAGUGGUAAUCCCACAAGAAACUGCCUUGAGAAAGCAGUGGCAGCGCUGGAUGGAGCCAAGUAUUGUUUGGCUCUCGCCUCUGGGCUGGCAGCCACAGUGACGAUCACGCACAUGCUCAAAUCAGGUGAUGGGAUUGUCUGCAUGGAUGAUGUUUACGGAGGAACAAACCGCUACUUCCAAAGGAUUGCAGCUGAAGUCGGUCUGGAUGUGUCUUUUGCUGAUUGCACUCAACCAGAACUACUUAAGGCUGCUCUAAAGGCCAAUACUAAACUCGUAUGGAUUGAAACGCCCACCAAUCCCACCAUGAAAGUUGUGGACAUCAAAGCCUGCUCGGAUCUGGUGCAUGAACACAACAAAGACAUAGUGGUGGUUGUGGACAACACUUUCAUGUCUGCUUAUUUCCAGCGCCCCUUGGCUUUGGGAGCUGACAUCUGCAUGUAUUCAGCCACCAAAUACAUGAAUGGUCACAGUGAUGUUGUGAUGGGCCUCGUCUCCGUGAACAGAGAAGAUCUCUAUGAGCGACUGAAGUUUCUGCAAAAUGCGCUCGGCGGUGUACCAUCUCCCUUUGACUGCUACCUGUGUAACCGAGGCCUUAAGACGCUUCAUCUUCGCAUGGAGCGGCACUAUAAGAAUGCUAUGGCUGCAGCCAAGUUUCUGGAAGCCGAUCCCAGGGUGGAGCGUGUCAUUUUUCCAGGCCUGCCAUCACACCCUCACUAUGAUGUGAUGAGGAAACAAUGCACUGGCUGCCCAGGGAUGAUCACCUUCUACAUUAAGGGAAAACUUGAGCAUGCCACCACCUUCCUCAGUAACCUUAAACUGUUUGCGGUAGCUGAGAGUCUUGGUGGAUAUGAAAGCUUAGCUGAGCAUCCGGCGAUUAUGACCCAUGCAUCAGUGCCAGAAAAUGAGAGGCGUGUGCUGGGAAUCAGUGAUACACUCAUCCGACUCUCUGUGGGAUUGGAGGACGAGGCAGACAUCAUCGAGGACCUGGAGCAGGCACUUGCUGCCACUCAUCCAAAGAAGAAAUGAGAGGCCUUCAGUCCAUCCUCAAGGCUGAGGUUAAAUCAGUCAAAGUCGGAAUGAGCACCUGUGGUACCUGAAGUUUGGUUCUGAGCAGAUCGAUGCGAGUUACUUCACAUCAGUGGAAAUCAACCAUCAGGGAGCAACUUGUUCUUGGAAAAAUCUAAUCAUGAUGUUUGUGAACAAUUCGCACAAUUUAUAAAUGAAAACCUCCUUAAUUCCUUUGUUAGACCACAAUUAUAUUCUUUUCUAUCUUAAACCGGCUUUGCUUUGUUUAUAUUUAUUUGUGAUGAGUUUUUUUUUUUUUUUUUUGGGGAAGGGUUUAUUAAGGUUAAGUUCUUUCAGUCAUAUUUCAUUAUGACUUUCUGGAAAACUUCCAAAUACCAUAUUUUCUGAAUGCACUUGCUGUAAUAGCUGUUCUUAAGGCUGUCUGUAGAAUUAGUUAUGUCUGCAGAAGUCCACGCUUAAGUUUCAUACCACUGUAAGAACAUCUGCAACUGAAUUCCUAAAUUUAGACAAUUUCCUCUUUAUAUAUAAUCUAAUUAGGACUAGCCAAACUUGAAUUGGGUCAUUGUGGGGUUUUUUUUCCUUUUAAGAUUUUCUGCCAUCGAGAGCAAAUGUUAGUCAGCAUGAAUUUAAAGGAAGUUUAUUUGCCAUUUAAAAAAACAAACUGAAAAAACCUUACUUACAUCGAGACAAGAUGAGUCAUGUCCAACUAAACUUGAGAGUGGUGUUAAUGUUGCUGGAGGCUUUCGAAUUUGCCCCGUUUGCAGCAGAAUAUCUCGGCAGUGACGAAGGAGAUGGUUGUUAUGAUCUGAGUUCUUGCGGGAACAUUUGAGGAUAGUGUUUGAUGAAAUGAUAGCAUUUGUUCUUGAAGCCAAAUCAAAACAUUUCGGUAUAUUUGAAGAAUAGUAAUUAAAAAAAAAAAAAAAAAAAAAGGUCCAGAUUUCAAGAUGUUUCUAUC